UUGGGAGGUUGGUCCUUUAAUUUCGCUACAUGUACAUCGGCAUCUCCGAGCAACUGGGCUACCAGCAGUCCUCCCCUGCUGCCUGCCUGCACCAAAGAAACACCGCUUUUGCCUAAGCAACGACGUCAUCCUCCUACAGCUAAGCACGAUUCUGGGUGACCUGGCUUGAGCACAGCAGAAGAGAGCUGUGUCACCUCUACGUUUCUCUGCGUUGCUCCCCCGUCCCUCUCAGGUUGACCCGAUCGGUAUUUCUCCUCCCUCAUCUUUCCUGAUGAUACCUGGUCUCCCGAACGACCGGAACCCAAGAAUGGUGGUGCCCUGUUCAGUGAUGCUGGCGGUAGUUCUAUUCGGGGUCUUGAUGCUGCAUGUCGUCUCGGCUCAGAACGCUGGGUUUGUGAAGUCGCCAAUGUCAGAGACAAAGCUCACGGGAGACACCUUUGAGCUGUACUGCGACGUGAUUGGUAACCCCACCCCCGAGAUCCAGUGGUGGUACGGCGAAAUCAACCGGGCCGACUCCUUCAAGCAGCUGUGGGACGGCGCCCGCAAACGGCGCGUCUCCAUCAACACGGCCUACGGCAAUAACGGGGUGAGCGUGCUGGGCAUCACGCGCCUCACCCUGGAGGACUCUGGGACCUACGAGUGCCGGGCCAGCAACAACCCGCGCCGCAACGACCUGCGCCAAAACCCCGCCCUGACCUGGAUCCGAGCCCAGGCCACCAUUUCCGUUCUGCAGAAGCCAAAGAUCGACUCCAGCGAGCACAUGACCCUCCCCACGGAGACCCCGAACACCCCAGUCAUCCUGCAGUGUAACCUGACUACCACUCCCUACAAGCACCUUGAGAGCUUCUGGAUGAAAAACGACGAGGAGAUUCCUGGCUCACGUGGCAACCUCAAUUAUACCGAAUAUAAGAUCAACAAGCCAAGGGCAGAUGAAUCGGGGGAAUACAUGUGCGUUUACACCUUUGAAAUGGCGCCUCCCGCUAACGCCACCAUAGAGGUGAAAGCCGCCCCCGACAUCACCGGUCACAAACGCAGCGAGAACAGAAACGAAGGGCAGGCUGCUCUGCUGUACUGCAAGUCUGUGGGCUAUCCUCACCCCAUCUGGACCUGGCAUAAACUGGAUAACGGCAUCGUCAAGGAAAUAGACAACUCAUCUGGGCGCUUCUACAUCAGCAACAAGGACAACUACACAGAGCUGAACAUUCUGAACUUGGACAUCAACAGCGACCCCGGCAAGUACCAGUGCAACGCCAGCAACGCCCUCGGCACGGCGACCACGCAGUCGAUCCUGCGGGUGCGCAGCUACCUGGCCCCCCUGUGGCCUCUCCUGGGCGUGCUGGCGGAGAUCAUCAUCCUGGUGGUCAUCAUAGUGGUGUACGAGAAGCGCAAGAGCCCGGACGACGUGCCGGAAGAUGACGAACCAGCUGGACCAAUGAAAACAAAUUCUACAAACAACCACAAAGACAAAAACUUGCGCCAGAGGAACACUAAUUGAGCACACUUCCAGCACAGUGUUUAAAUGGAUAUCAUGACAAUAUGAAGGUAACGGAGGAAGGAAUCCUGACAAUUCCGAAUGGAACACAUCUGGUAUCAUUUGGAGUCUUAAAGGGGACACAAAGUACUGGGUCAUGUGACUCUGGUUCAUUUGCUUUUUACCUUAGAUAAGAUGCAGCCCUGCAUUGAAAAUCUGGAAUUGACUCAUAUUUGGUAGAAAAUUAAUUUAGCUUUUUUUUAGAGCUACUUGCACUAGGGCACUGUCCUCUUGGAACAAGCUAGGUUGGGAAGUCACUGGGUUUGUUGGUCUCAGCUGCUCAUGCUGUUUUUAUUAGUAGACUUCUGACUGUCCAUCAGCUCAAUGAUGAAUCGGGAGGAAAAAACAAUACAAAAAAAUGUAAGGAAGGUCCUUUUUGUAUUAACCUGGGGAUGUUAACAUGAGUAUUACAGACAAAAACCUAUUCAUUCUUACAAAGUGGCUGUAUUGGUUCCGCAUGAUAGGUAGCCAGCUUGGCUGCUCUACUCAUAGACUGUAGUAGUUUCGCCUUUCCUCCCAACCACAGCAUCGGUGUGGUGUUUGAAGUCUGCAAAACAAAUCAUCCACAUUCAAAGAUCUCCUCCUCCAUGUCAUAUUCUGACGUAAUAGAAAGGGGUCACUGCAGACCCGUCACCACAUUUCACAGGUGGACUCUGUCAUUUCAGAGCAACAAGCCAGUGCCAGUUCAUGAAAAUGAAUCAUUUUUGCUCGAUACUACUCAUUUCAGCACUCCAUUUUGUUUUUUCCCUCUCACGAUUCAUCGUCGAGCUCACUGAAAGUCUGCAGUCUUGUAACAGGAAUAGCUUGAGCAGCCAAGACAAACCAACCAUGCGAUGUCACAACCUAGCUUGUUCCAAGAUGGCUGCGCCCUAGUGUUAGUAGCUACAAUAAAAAGCAAACUUUAUUUUUCAAGCAAAUAUGGGUGAAUUUCAGAUUUGAAUGCAGGGCAAUACCUUAUCUAAUUUAUACAGCAACUGAACCAGAGUCACAUUGCCAAGUGCUUCACAUCCUCUUCAACAGUAACACAUAAUUUAUAAGAAGAAUAUAAAAUGGCUGUUUUAAUCAUGCCUUAUUGAGUCUUGUGUGGCGACGCAGGAAUAGAGGUGUACAAAUUUUUUUCCGUCUGUGUGCUAUUGUUGCUUUUUGUUUGUUCCAUAACCCCACCUCCCCACCGGCUACCCUCUUUCAGCAAGAAUCCUUUAAUUUGUACCAUUACAUAUCGUUAAUAAUGCAUGCAAGAUUACUUACUGUAUGAUAGACAGGACUGUGUUUUUUUCUGACUGUUUCUUUGAGUGAGGCUGCAAUCAAAUGUAUUCUCUUUGUAUUUUAACUUAAGCAAAAAUCUUCCAAACAAAAAGAAUAUUGCUAUAUUCUGAUAAAUAUUGAGCUUUGUACAGUUCAGCCAUUCCACAACACAUGAUUCUGUACAGUGGUGUUAUAUAUUUUCAAAUUUUAUCUCACAAUGUAAAGGCUUCAAAGGAGUCCUGCAGUAUUUAAUCAAUAAUGAAUUCAAAUAAAAUUCAGUUAUUGUACUAUGAACAUAAAAUAGCAAUUACCUGUUUUAAUAUUUUCUAUAGCAACUUGGAUGUCUUGUAAAUGUUGCACUUAAGUGUUAAUUCUAAAAUAAAAAUAUGUAUAAAUUUCAUUUUAUAAUGCACAUUCCCUGAUUUAGUCAUUUAUAUUGAAGAUAUCUAUUGUACAGCAUGGCUAUUAUCCUAUGCAAUAUUUAUUCAUAUAGAUAUAUUCACACUUACAAGGCAGGAAUGGUUUGUUUUUCUAUAAUAAAGCUUUACUCGUGUGAGAUCACUUUGACAGACUGGUUCAGAUGUAAUGCUCUGCUGUAGAUGCAUGAGUCUUCUGUAAACUGCGUGUUUGUGUAAUGCAGUGCAGAUGGUUGUACAUUUGGGUGGAGAGAGCGGACAUGCCACAAUAAAACAUGUGAAACCAAUCAUUUUUGAGAAUAAACAACUCCAAAUUUUAACAA